AACUCAAAACGAUAACCGCUGCUAAACCCGGAAGUGGUGCAACUGUCCGAGCUGGCGGACCACAUGUGUUUAAAAAAAUAUACUUUACGUUUAAAUAGUAACUUGUAGUAAUAGAUUCAUGACAGACGCGAUAAAUGCGGAGAAUGAAGGCGAUCUCCUGUCACAAAUCGAAGAGGUGGAGGCCCUGUCUUCGAUCUAUGGCGAUGAAUGGUGUGUCAUUGAUGAGGCGGCCAGAAUAUUUUGCAUCAAAAUAUCAAACGACAUGGAUGAGCCCAAGCUCACGGCGUGUUUGCAGAUAAUUCUCCCACCUGAUUAUCCCAGCACAGCCCCGCCGAUCUACCAGAUCAAUGCGGCGUGGCUGCGGGGCUCCGAGAGGGUAAAAUUGGCAAACAGCCUGGAAGACCUCUACGUGGAGCAUGUCGGGGAGAGCAUCCUUUACAUGUGGGUGGAGAAAAUCAGAGAAUUCCUUGUUGACAAAUCCCAAGACUCAGAAACAGUGGACCAGUCAGGGAGGGUCAACCUCACCGCUGAGGAGGAGGUGGACGACGAUGAUGAAGAUGCGCCAGACUUUGGAGGUCUUACCCUGAGAAGCUCAGAGGAUACACAUCUCUUCCUGGAACACACAAACGAUGAAGAGGUGCCGCAGAUAAAACAUGGAGGCUGCAUCACAGACAGGCGCAGCACCUUCCAGCCUCACCUCGCUGCCGUGGUGACGCCGAGACAGGUGAAAGGCGUCCUGGAGAGGCUGUACGAAAACAAGAAGAUUGCUAGUGCCACUCACAACAUUUACGCGUACAGGAUUUACUGCGAGGACAAGCACAGCUUCCUGCAGGACUGCGAGGACGACGGGGAGACGGCAGCAGGUGGAAGGCUGCUGCAUUUACUCCAGAUUCUGGACGUGCGCAACGUGAUGGUGGUGGUGUCGCGCUGGUACGGAGGGAUUUUGCUGGGGCCCGACCGCUUCAAGCACAUCAACAACUGCGCUCGGAACAUCCUGGUAGAAGAAGGAUACGCCGCUUCAGGGGACGCCGCCGCCAAACCGGCAGGGAGAACAAAGCGGCUAAAAAGCAAGAAGACAAAAUGAUCAAUUGGAGAGAAAAAAGACUUAAGUGCUUUGUUUUAUUCAACAAAAACGUCCAAUUGAGUGCCUCUCACCAGGAUAUUAAAAACUACAAUUCAUGUUCAUAUUUCAGCUCAACGCCACACCGAAUUUGUGAUUUUUUUGUACUGGUACAAACUCCAUGAAAUGAACAAAGUCCUGCUUCUGAAGAAAUAUUUUGAUAAUUAAGUCCUCGUGUUUUGGGAAAGAAUAGAAAAAGUCAGAUUUGUUCGAGGGGAAAAAUUAGUAAUAUUUGGAAAAUAAAGUUAUAUUUUUUGGAAAAUAAAAAUAUUUUUAAAAUUACUGUAAAAAGUUUUUAUUUUUAUUUUUGGGAAUACAUUUCUAAAUUUUUAGAUUUUCUAUUGUACUAUGACAAAAAAAAAU